CGCCUCUCGCCUCACUCCAACCCCCUCCCGCUUGCCCCGACAUCGUCUUGCUGCUCGCCCAAGAGCCUUGCCGAUAGGGCGCUUCUCUGCCAUCUGCCUGGACCAGCGACCUGCAAGCCCAAGGACAGCCCCCACAUUCCGCCAUGGAUGCCACCUGGUCUCGUAUCAUCAGCGCCCCGUCCGACGCUCUCCAAGCCAUCAUCAGCAGCGCCAGCAAUGCCGUCGGCUCCGCUGCUACGACCGCCACAACGAACAGCACAGCUGCAGCCGCUGCUGGCUCUUCCAUGGGGCUUCCGGCAGGCACUUCAGUCUCGCCGCCAUCAUCCAGUCCGCAGCUUGCUCGGAGAAGAUGGCCGCAGACCCUUGUUCAAGACGUGAUAGACUCGACAGCGUCGUUACCAGGGACGUCCACGGCAAACGGAGCCUCGAAAUACUCGAUGGAGAAUCUGAGACGCAUCGCACAAGUCCUGCGCAAGAACCAGCCCCAGAGCUCGUACAAGAAAGACGACACCAUCGCGGCCCUGAACGAGCUGGCUGAUAUCUUGGUCUAUUCAGACUCGCACCAGCAGCGGGAUCUGUUCGAGUAUUUUCUGGAAGAAAAGGUGCAUCUUGUCCUCAUUCGGUAUCUAUACUCGGACGAUGACGAUGUGGUCUUGAAUACCCUCAAGUUUUACAAUGUGCUCUUCGAAGGCGUCAAGCAGACACACAUGCUUUACUUUCUGUUCUCGAACAACUACAUCAACGACGUGCUGCUCAUCAAAUACAACACGGCUAACGAGGAGAUACUGUAUCAUUUCAUCACGCUCUUGAAGAAUCUCUCGAUCAAGCUCGACGAGCGAACCAUUCGCUUGCUCUACAACGAGCACUUGAACGAUUUCCCGCUGUUUUCGGAGGCCGUCAAACACCAGCGUCACGAGGAGACAAUGAUUCGAACAGCAGUGCGUACGAUCGUACUGAACGUCUUUAAAGCCGAUGAUUCACUCGCGACACAGUUCAUUAUCGAGAAGAGGCGAUACUUUGCGACCCUAUGCCGGUGGCUGUCUUUGGACUGCGAAGACCUCACCGAAGUACUGGCAGCCGAAAUCCCUGAUCGAUACAAGCUGGAGAGCAUCCAUGACAAUAUCACCGACCAGCUUUUGUUCAUCCAAGACAUUUUCCUACUCAACAUAGAAUACAUCAGCAAAUCCCUGACCGAGACACUCACGGAUCACUUACUCCGUCAGCUCCUCUUGGAUCUGUCCCAAGGCGCCUCCGAGACCAAGCUCCGUCAGGCACUGUACCUCAUGACCUUUCUCGUGACCAUCGGCCACCCACCACUGACAGACGAGAUCGUGGUGCAAAUAUUCGUGGACGUCCUCGACCGCGACUGGAAAGAGUCCGAGAGCCUGUUCCGGGUGUCAACCAUGAAGCGCAAGGAAGAAACGCGGCGGUCGGAAGCGCAAGUCUAUCGCACCAAGAUCAUGGGUCUGCUCGAGCCCUCUGCUGUCCGCGGGACGACGCUGCUGGCGCUGAUGUUUGUGUACAGUAUCGUGGUAUCAAAUGCGUCGCCGCGGAUCCUGAAGGCAGCGCAGCUGUAUCCCAGACGACAUGUCAAGUCCAAGAGUCUGAUGCUUGCCUUGAUGAAUGCGCCCAACGACCCUGCCGACCAAUCCUCAAGCGUGCCGUCGUACCAUUCGGAGCUGAUCUCCAAGUUGCUCGAGUAUCUCAAAUCGGUGUCGCUCACGUCGAACCACCCGCUGAUCGAGAUUCAGCUCUGUGUGCAAAUCAUCCUGGAGCUUCUAUCGACAGGCCUCAAGACGGAGCCCCUCCUCGACGAACACAUGCGGCUGCUGCGUGAGAUCCGACAACCCUGGACGAACAAGCUGGUCGAGUGGCUGCAGCAGGACGCCUCGCUGUUCUCUGAGAUCUUUGACUUUGAGGCCAGCCAGCCCCAGGCCUCGGAUCUGCAGUGGAUCUUUCGGGACAGUCGAUUGCUCACGAUGGGCAGCAGACGCGACCGCAAGCCCGAUGAGACCUGGACCAACGGCGAGAUGAUUGACCGGUCGAUCAAGAUGUGGCUGGUGCUGAGCGAGAUGACCUUCAAGUUCGACCCCGAUGCUGCAUACGUCCCACUGCGCCUCGAUCCUGUCCCGAGCCCGCCUGGUGACCUGGUAGAUCUGGUGGGCAAGAAAUUUGUAUCGUGCGUGUACUCGGACGGCAUCAACCCCUCGGUCAAUUGCUACUUUGUACUGGAUCCCUACUGGUUCAUUCUGGUGACCCCAGACAAGCUUCAGCUCGGCAAGGGGCGCAUGUUCAAAUACUGUCGCCAUGUUGACGUCGACUGCCUCCAGGACGAUGGCUCUCCGUCGAGCGACUCGUUGGCGCUUGUUGCCAGCAGAGCAGACUAUAUCACCGACUCGCAGCGUCGCACACAGAUGGUGAGCGCACCAGAUGGCCUCAAGAACACGCCUCCGCUGCGACUGCGGUCGGCCAAGAACAGCACGACCACGAACGCAAGCAGUGCUCCGGGACAGAGCCUCCUCCAUCGCGGCAGCGGCUUCAACGUUGUCUCCAUCGAGACCGAGUGGAAAGCGUUUCUGCGCUUCCCUGAGAGCAAGAACCUGGGCUUUGUUCGGGCCCACAUUGCCGCGCAGAAACAACAGUUACGCGAGGAGCGGCGGCAGAAGCUCGAGGCAUUCAUGCUUGGCAAUCAAUAAAUCACCAAGGCUCUUGGCAGGGUCUGCUCUGGUGGUUCUAGGUGCGGGAU